CGUUAAUGCUGAGUCAAAAAAAUUUAUUAGCUGGGGAGAAAGAUUUUAAUUUAAACAAAUUUCGAGAUUCUUUAUAUGUUAGAAUGUAAAGUCCAAGCUAAUCAAAAUUGAGCAGUGUAAAAAAGGAAGAGAAUUCAGUUAAGAAAUCAGGAAAAAAUUCAAUACAUACAGAUUUAUAGCAUCGAAAGAGGUGUUUAAAAUAAGUAUAAAUAGUGUGCCUUCAUUUGAUGAAUUAUUAAAGACAAUGAAUACAAACAAUGGAUUUUGUUAAUAAUAAAAUGUAUCUAAUCAUAAGAGAAAUAUCACUGAUUCAUCUCGAAAGAUGAGUGGUAUCUAUAAUAAGAUAGAAUGUAUGGGAAAUAAUGAAGUAAAUUAAUUAACAAAAUUAUCAUAACCGUAAUAUAUUUAUAACAAUUUAGAUUCAUUUCAAAUAUUCCACUAUCAGUAUCAAAUAAUUAAUAACAAAAAAGGACAACUUUCUCGAGUAGUAUUACAGAAAAACCUGUUUUUUCGAAUGGGAAUGGGAAUUUAUUAAUGGAUAAGUUAUCUUUAAAAGAAUUGAUGGCAAUUCGUAGUAAAAUAGAUAAUAGCACAUAAUCUGAAGUACAUGAAUUAACAGCAAAUUAUGUGCAAGAACUAUUAAAAUUAUCUUAAAUUAUAACAAGGCAAAUAAAAAAUAUAAAGCAUUGA